AUGUCGAGCUGGGAACCACAAUCCAAAAAACGCCGGUUGGACACUGACUCCGGUAUUGGAAAUGGCAUCCUCAACACCAAAGAGCGUUUCAAGCCUACAAGCGCUAGAGACUGGACCAUCUCGAUUGCCGUACCUACCAGCAUAAUCGCCAGCUGCGUAACAAGAGAGCAAAGGACAACUGCUGCGGGCUCCAUCGCCAGAGCGCUUGCCAUUUUCUCGGUGGACGAGGUCGUCAUCUUCGACGAUAGCCCGAUUGAACAACGCCCCAGGAAUUUUGAUCCAGAUGCGUACACCGGCGACAUAGAACCAGCACACUUUCUGGAGCAUCUGCUGAACUAUCUGGAAACCCCACCAUUCAUGCGCAAAGUUCUGUUCCCCAUCCACCCCAACCUCAAAUCUCAGGGCCUACUGCACGGUCUGGACAUGCCACACCACCCCCACAAGGAUGAGUGGCUGCCGUAUCGCGAGGGUCUGACUCUCGAAGCUCCUCCACGGUCAGGCAAGGGCACCGCCGUCGACAUUGGCAUGCCCGAAACAGUCACCAUUUCCGAAGACAUCCCUCCCAAGACCCGCGUAACCCUCAAAAUGCCCGACGACGCCCAAGGCAAGCCCGAGCCCGUCAACCCAGCCGAACCCAGAACCGAAGGCGGCUACUUUUGGGGCUACAGUGUGCGCAAAGCCAAGUCCCUCUCCGACGUAUUCACCUCCUCGGCCUACGAGGACGGUUACGACCUCUCCAUCGGCACCUCGGAGCGUGGCGUUCCGCUGUCAAAGGCUUUCCCUAAUCACAACCAAACUGCUACUUUCAACCACAUGCUCAUCGUGUUUGGAGGGCCAAGAGGAUUGGAGUUUGCGGCGAUGAACGAUCCUGAUCUGGGGCAGAUGGGGAUUCAGGGGGCGAGGACGAAGGAGCUGUUUGAUCACUGGGUGAACGUGCUGCCGAAUCAAGGGACGAGGGGGAUCAGGACGGACGAGAGCUUGUUGAUAGCUUUGACUGCGUUGAGGAGGUUGUGGGAUAAUAGCUGAGGGGGUUUGAUGAGGAGGAAUUUGCUUUUUUUUAGCGGGUUUAAAAUAAUGAUUUAUUUCUGGUGUAUAUCUGAUCUGGAUUGCUCAGAUACCUAUCCCAGUUCUCUUGUUCUUGCCCCGGACGAACUCAACCUUUUUUACUCCAUCUUACAUCUUGGUUUCUUCUUUGUCGGGCUACACAAAAUGCCAGCUUGACAUUUUACCCCUGACAGA